AUGUGGACAGCUGGCUAUGGCUUUGAAGAACUUGUACAGGCCAUCUGGUUUGAUGCGCCGGAUGGACGGUAUACUUUCGUCGGUAGUGCGGAGACGCGUGCUUUCGACCUUAAGUUUCCUGCACAAGAGCAAGACGGGCGUUUCAGUUGCCGAGUUACAUGCGACUGGAAAGCCUUGAUGGAUGCACUGUUCAUGGAGGAGAGAUACGUACGGCGGCAUCAAGAUCCAGGUCCAUCUUUCUACGAGAUUGCGGAGGAAGGCAUACGCGCGAAUUUGGUCAAGGCUGAGCAUGGUGUCAUCACCAGGACUACUACAUCGGACCCAGAUGCGUGGGAAAAGGCUAUCGCGUAUGAGAAGGAGCUAUACGAAGUGGAACUCGGGAGGCUUUUGGGGACACAUUGCCGACACAAUGAGGAAGCUAAAACCCUCUAUGCUACAGCCUUCCAGCAGAGAUUACGUCUUGCGUUCAGCAAGGAGGGUAAAGACCUUUACAAUGAUGUCUUUGAUCAUGGGUGCGACGCCAAUACGCCACUGAGUUUCAACCUCGAGAAAACUGGAUUCUACCAAAUCAAACCAAGACAGAUCAUCAGUCUUGUCACACGCUUUAUCUCGAUCCUUUGUGUGGCCUCGUGA